AUGACCAACAUCUUUGCCAAGCCUCGUCCUCUACCAAUUACAACUACUGCAACUCAGAAACCUCCUACUAAACCAAAAGCUUCAUCAUACGAUUCCACAAACCGACCUUCUAAGGGUUUUAAAUCCUCUGCUCAGUUUGGCCGCUCCCCAUAUUUCAAGCUUCUUGAAGCCAAAAUUGAUCUCAUCUUGGAUCAUUUGACAAAGCCAAAUUUGACUAUGACUCCUACUCCAAAAUUAACUCCUUCAAUCACUUUUGAAGAUCUUGAAAAGGCUCUUCAUAAAAAUGUCACACAAUCUUUUCUUAAAGUCUUCUACAAACUUGAAGAGUUGAAGAAAGGAUUCGUAAAUGAGGUUGGGCCUUCUUUCACAAAAGAGGGAGAAGAAACUCACUCCUCCUCUUCGAAGAAGGACGAUGACAAUAAAUUUCCGAAGGAUGUGAUAAUUCAGGAACUAUCUAAUUAUGAUGGCAAUGCAUCAAUGAAAUCUCCGACAUCUCCAAAGUUUCCUUCAAAGAUUCCCAGUUCUCCCCCGAAGUCUCCAAGGUCUCCGCCCAAGAUCCCAAGUCCUUCUCCGAUGUCUCCACCCAAGAACCCAACGCCUCUGAAGACCCCUGUUACCUAUCCGAAAUCUUAG